AUGGCAAGUGGAGGGAAUUCAGCAAGUUCUUAUCGUCAACGAGUUAUUAGAGGUAGCGGAGAUGGUAGUGCUAGCAGUGCUUCAGGUGGCCCCAAAUUUGAAAUUGCAAGAGGGGAGAAUCCAAGAUGCCACUGUGGAGCUUAUGCCAUUGUUGUGGAAUCUGGAACAGAUAAGAACCCAAAAAGACCUUUAUUUGGUUGUCCUUAUUAUAGGGAGAAUUUUUCACACUGUGAAUUUUUUAUAUGGUUUGACAAAAUUUUUUCCCAUGAAAUGCAAGAUAGCCAGCAUAAUGUUGUACUGGAAGAGAGGGUGAAGAAGUUGAAAGAUUUGGUAGAUGAAUUAGAGAAGAAGACUAAGAAUAUAAGCAUGAACUUGAAUAUUCUGGCAACAGUUCCAGAGCUUGUAGCAGCAACUGUUUUCAGAGAGAUUCUUGGUAUCUGA